UACGGCAUGGCAGCUGUCAGCUAAUUAAAGGGUCGAUGAAAAGAUGGCGACUUUGUCGCUCCCUUCCGCUGUUCCUGAGCAAAAUGGGGGAAUUAAAUCACUUAACGAAAAUGGUAGUGACCAUGAUACUGUACUGCCGAAUCUUAUGCAGAAGCUACAGAUGACAACUAAGCAGAUCAAAGCAUGGUCACAUACAAGUCAAAAACUCAGACUUGCAAUGUCCAAGUACACAGAGCCGGACCCAGUGGACCCAAAUCGUCUUCAAAAGUGCUUAGAAAAGCUGAAGAUGGCAAUUGAAGUUUCUUCUGUACCAGCAAUGACUGAGAGGCUUGAUGCUAUUGCAAGACAAGUUGGGUUGAAAUCCAACUGGAGCAUUGACAUUGGGUACCUCAGUUCAGACUGCUUCUAUGUGGAAGUGAAGCUAGCACCUCAUGGCGGUGUUAAAGAUGUGAUUGUUGUGCAUGGCAUGAGUGGUAAUACACAGAGUUGUGAGGAGAUGUGUGAGGUGUUAAGGAAGAAUGAUUUUAAAGAAUUCACAGAGCAUCUAAAAGGAUUGUGUCAAAUGUACCAGCUUGGAGGAGACAGUAAAAUGAAAACAGCAUCAUUCAACUGUCUUCAUGCAUUAGAGAUGGAUCUUAAUACGCUCUUUAAAAUCAGUGGUGUCAAGUUUGGUGCAUCCCAACAAGGUGGAAGUCCUCUUCUUCAUAUCACUAAGGGGUUUGUUGGAUAUCUGACACCAAGAGUAGGAGGUCAUCUGAUGCGCCUUACAUACUUUGUGUCUCCAUAUGAUUUGCUGGAUGUGGAAAAAAAGCAGACAAAAGAACUCUCUCUGACAGAACCAUUGCCCAAAGACCUUGGGUUAUCUGUGACGGUUGGCAUAGAAAGUGCAUCUCAGAGGAAGAUUCAGACAGCUCCUACCAUGAUGGUUACAGAUAACAAGAUCACCAAUGUUAUGCCCUUGAGCAAUCAAAAUAGCAUCAAUAUCCCUGCUACAUUUGUGCUUAAGCUCAGUGAACCUAUGCCCAUGUCUCUCAUCCUACUCAAACAGCUCCAGAAUAUACCAGGUGUUUCUACCCAGUAUGCUGAUCCUACUGCCGCUACGCCUCUCAAUACACUCAUCUGUAGAUUCACCCUGGACCCUGUCACAUUCCUUCAAAACCAGACGAAAGAUGGCCGUCAAAAUAAAACAAAAAAUUACAUUGUGGAACUUCCUGAUCAACAUCACUCAUAUAUCAUCAACGAUGGCACCAACCCUAAUGAUCUGAGAGACAUGCAAGGCGCCUUGCUCUCCAAGAUCACCUUCACAGCACCUAACACGGUAGUAAAGAUCAUCUCACUUCUCCGACAACAGGCUGUCUAUAAUACUCUCAUUGCCAGCUGUGUCAGGGACAAAGAAGGCGAAGAUCCAGCUGAAUGUGUGCUAUUUGAAGUAACUCCCUACACCAACCAGAAGCUCACAGUCACCUUUGAACACCCAGCCAGGGAAGGAGUUGCAUGUGUGGAGUUAGACCUGACUGACCAAUCAGCAGUCAAAGCCAAGCUUCAUAGUGGUCCUGGUGAGGAAGCUUUCUGUUCUGAUGAUUAUGCAACCAAAGUGCUUCAGAAGUGUCUCUCCAUUCCUAUCACCAUGAGAGCCAUCAUGAAAAAAGCAGAGCAGUGGCUGGAGACGCAUGAAUCCAAGAAAUCCCUGAGUCUACCACCAGCUCCAUCUUCUGGUCCAUCAGGAGGUUCUGUUUUUGAUCCUAUGAGUGGUAUUCAUCGUCAUAGUGGCCUUGGAGGUGGUGGUGGCCAUGGAACUACUUUCUUUCCAAGUCAUCGCCCACACCAAUCAUCCUAUUCACACCAACUCCAAUCACAUAGUAUCCUGAGUGAUCUUACCACCACCAUGUCAGCCAUCUUGCCUCAUGGAGAGGGGUUCGAUAUCCAUGGAGAUAAACCCACCAAGGUGGCACAGAAUCCCAUGUUGGCAAGUCUCCUACAGCAUGCCGCUCUUGCAGUGAGCACAUCCUCUCUAUCCAUUCCACCUCCGUCCCCAUCACCUAUGUCGUCACCACCUCUGGCAUCCGGACCAAAGCCUCACAAGAACCCAAUGUUGAUGAAUCUCCUGCAGGAGCAGAAUACUCUUACUCCUGUAGCAGCCAUUGCUCAACCUGUUGGCUCGAUGGGAAGGAUGAUACGCAGGGGAAAACGUGGAAGAUCAGUCAGUGUGGACAAGUCACCAAAGCGACAGCAGAGUGAAGAGGAACAUGACUUUGAUGAUAUCCAUGCUCAUCGCCCACCAGGACUUCAUCACAGACUCUCAGAGCCUCACAAAUUGGGAAGCCAUGCAAUGGACCCACCCAAAGCACUGCACACAGGGGAGCUCUCAGCCCUUCUAUCAGAGAUUGAGGCCCCUAUCAUACCGGUUGCUAAACCCAAGCGAGGUCGACCUUGUCGAUUAGACAGUACCAGCUCUCAAUCUAGUGUCGGUCCUCGUCAGAGCCCCAAGACUCCAAGUACUCCAUCAGUUCCAACAACUCCUACAUUUGCUCCCCCCAAGACAAUGUCCCACAGUACUUUGAGUACACCAGAACAUCCAUCUAUGGAUGAGCUACCUGCUGGGGUGAAAAGUGAUCCAUUGCACUCCAGAACAAGUAUGGACUCUGACAUAUUCUCACAAAAUUCAAAGAACAUGUUUCAUGAAGACUUGUUGCCAGAUCCUCCCCGGUCAAACAUUUCUCCUGAAAUGAAUAGACAAUCCAGCUUUAGAUCACAAUAUGGUUCUCUUGACAUUAAUGAAGAUGCUGCAGGGUUUGACAAUGACGAUGAUUUUGGUGGCUUACCAAGUGUUAGUUCAGCUAUAGCCCGUAUGGGUAUUCCGACAGGCUCAGACUUUGAUGACCCACAGCGAACUUCUACAGACUUGCCUCAUCCAGUUUCUCUUUCAACCUUGACACCAGGGCCACUCUCUACAGCCAUCCAAGCUGGGCUUGAAACAAGGACAGACAUGAAAAUGGGUGCAGGAGCACUUGAUCUGACUGUAGCCAACCUUGCAAAGAGCAUGAGUAUCCCAGCUAUACCCACAGCUCAAAGAGGGCGACCUGGGCCUAAUAUGCAAAGUGUUACCAAUCUGUCACAGUCAUUGCCAGCAACUCGUCCAAGGGUUCCAGUGUCCAAAGGCAAACCCAAGAACUUCAUUGAGUCCAGUCUUGCAUUUCAGUCUGAAAAGCCAAAACAAUCCAAGAAACGUGGACGCAAGGGGUUGAAGGAUACUGGAGGAUUUUCUGAUUCAGAUGCUCCAAAGACCAAGAAGCUUAGGAGACCAGGAAGACUCAGGAAAGAAAGAAGGCUGCCAGAAUACAGUAGUGAGUCCUCUCCAGAACCAUGUCAAGAUGUUGCGCAGUAUUCCAGCAUAACCAUGGCUGUCAAUGAAGAGGAACCACUUAAAAUGACAUUCAAAACUAUUCGUCACAAGCCUGACAAAGACCAAAAAGUGAAGGCAAAAGACCCAGGUCCUGCUCCCAAGAUCAAGAUCAGAGCUAUGACAAGUGGAGAUUCUGCUACUCCAUCUCCAAAUCCUGUUGCAAGGGAAACCAAAGAAGAGAAACCUCCUGUGAAGUCAGAACAUAGGGUUGAACAACCCGAGAAAGUAGAGACCAUCUUCAAAUCUACCAAGACAGAGCCACCUGUAAUUAAAACUGAAAUCCCCAAAGAACCAAAGCUUGUGAAAGAGGAGAGUUUGCCAAAACCUCAGAAGGACGUUCCAACAUCUCACAGACAUGAAGAGCACACCAACAAAGUAACGUCUCAAGAGCUAUCUAAAGGCAGCCAUGACAUUACUGUUGUCAAAUCCGAGCACUCAUCUGUAAAACAAACAGGAAUCACUAAAUUAUCUCCCAUGACACAUGUCCCAAAGUUAAAGAAUGAGCAGAUGAAGAAAAGUCGACCGACUGAAGGUGGCCAGAAACCAAGUCCUGUCCCAAAGUCACCUAUAGCUGAUUUCUUUCCAAAGUUGGCAAAUAUGCCUCGCAUUCCAAAAAUCAGUAAGCAAUCAUCAGAGGGUAAACAGUUGCCAAACACCAAGACUCUCACUACAAAGACUGCUGGCAGUCCUUCACCUUCAAAUAAAACUUUAAUGUCAUCUCCAAAGAAGUCUGCGUGGGGUAAAGGAGAUCCAUCAAAAGUGGGAUCUACCAAGAAGUUGGUAUCAACACAGCGUUUUGGCGCAGUUAACCCAUCAGGAAGGAAAUCAGAUGGUACAAUGAGACAAGGGAAACCAUUUUCAAGUGGCAACAGAUCCCCAGUGACAGUAGGCCAGAGUAUUCGAAAAACAGGACCAAAUAUUCUCUCAAAAUCAUUGUCAACACCAAUACAAAGCCUUAAUUCCUGCAAGGCAAGUGUGGGAUGUGUUCAGGCUCCCAGCAAAAUGGUAUCAAGUCCAACAACUGGAGUUACAAAGACAAUGAGCUCACAAGUAAAGCCAUCUGGUACAGUGAGCCCUGUACCAAAAACUUCAGCUGGGAUAACAUCAAAACUACCAACAAAUCCCAUAUCCUUAUCAGCAUCGAGUAAAUUAUCAAGCAGUCAAGCCACCACUGUUACUUCUUCUAUAAAGACUCCAUCGGUUGCAACAAGUUUAAGUACUACAACAUCUUCAAGCAGCACAAGUUCAAGUUCAAAUACAAAAGUCAUUUCAAGUUCUCCUGUUUCUACAGUUGUAUCCUCCAGCUCAUCAACAGUCCACUUAGUAUCUACAGCAACCACAAAUUCAACAUCCUCUAGCAUAACAACAACUACUUCUUCAGUUCCAACUUCUGCACCAAUAACCACAUCCAGCCCAAUUACUUCAUGUGCUACUGCAACUACAUUACCUGUUUCCAAGUCAGUCACACCCCCACCAAUGGACCUGGCUCCUUCGUUGAAGUCAUCACCUGCUGUGACAGGGACUAAGACAAGUUCAACUCUUUCAAAUAGACCACCGCCUCUUGUGAUUCCUACAAAUGUUAAGGUGCCAGCACCAUCAGUAACAUCGCCUCCGACGCCAUCAUCUGUUGGCACACCCAAUAGUGCAGGACCAAACUCUGCUAAGCUGGCAACUCCAAAGUCUGGUAUGCGUGGAAACAGAAAAUUCUCACUCAUGGGCAUCAUUGAUAAGAUAAAGGAGAAAAAUGAAAAGGUUGAGAAGACAGAUAAAGUUGAGAAGGUUGAAAAGACUGAAAAAGUUGAAAGAAAAGGGCUCUUUAGUGCGAUUGGAUCUGGAACAUCAGGAAAUGGUGAUGAGAAAUCCAUGGAUGCACCAGAGAAGGAAACUAAAGACACUGAUGAGACUGACGAGACUGGAACCAAUAAAUCUCAAGCAUCUAAAGAAGACAAUUCAGUUGUUAGUUCCAAAGCCGAUUAUCCUACAAUUAAGGAGACCAAAACUGUUACAAUCCCUCUGACGAAAUUGGACAGUUCCAAAACGACAAUUCCGAAAGUAUCCUCUGCUGGAAAUCAGUUACCUUCCCGUCAACCGUCACCAUCAAUGAGCAGUAAACCAAGUGCAUUGAAUCCCAAUUCAGCUACAGCCAGCCAAGGAUCCAGUUUAGUCAAGGGUAGAUCAUCUCCGAAGCCUCCGUCUCAGUCUCGCCCUCCUAAAGUAAGCACCCCACCCUUGACUGGCUCUCAGAAAAGAUCAAGCAGUCCAACAGGGAAAAAUAUAUCCCUGAAACAGAGUAAGCCGUCGCCAUUAAGCAGCAGUAGUUCAACUCCGACAUCCAUGAGUAGCCCUGUUAAACCAAGGCCAGGGGCAUCCCCUGUUCAACGAACCAGACCAAUCAUUCUUAGCCACUCCUUGUCAACUUACCAGUCACCAGAGAAGGGACAACAAAAAGUUACCAAGGUGCAACUUGCCAUGCACUCAGAUCUUGUGUCACAUUCUACUAUUUCUGGGCAAGGAUCUUCUGCAUCAAGUAUCAGUAAGGGGCAAGCUAGUUCAUCCCAGGUUCGCGUCCCUUCUCCGUCAGUCAAACAUCAGGCUGCGUCAUCUAACAAACCAACCCAAGACUCAACCAGGAAACCAUCAUCUGUAACACCCAAGACAACAGAUACAACAAAGCCUGAUAGCAAGCCAGUUGCUCCUAUACCUAAGCCAUUGAAAGCAGAUCAAAGUUUGUUGAUGAAGACUAAACCAAACAGUGGGAAAGAAACAAGCUCACAAUCUCAGCAGAGCAGUCAGCGCCCAGAUUUUAAAGGAUUAUCUGACAGUAGUAGCUCCAAGAUGCCAUCUGCUGUUUCUAAGAAACCAGAAUCCAAACCAACAGAACCAAGGGCAAGAAAGGACUCCCAUGGGCCAAGUAAAGACAAAGAUGGCGACAAUUCAAAGUCUCCGAAAGCGACUGUUGCGAGAACUGUAUCCAAAGACUCGAAGCCUACAUUCAGUAGUGGAAGCCAGGAUGGAAAAACAUCAAUUAGAUCUGAACAAAAGCCCUCUGAGCUAGUCCAAAAGCCGAAAGUCACUCCUCCACUGAUCAAAUCUGUUUCACAGAGUGAUAAAGAGAAAUUGAAAGCAGAUGAACCAAGAAAGUCUGAUUCCAAGAUCAUUGUUCCAGAGGUUAAGGGAAUAGACAAACAAGAAGUUUCUGAAGAAGUUACUAAAGUAUCUACAGCAAAACCUCAAGGAAUUGACUUCAAGGUGCCAAGUCCCGCUAUGGUACCAAGUCCAAAGUCCUCUGUAGUGAGUCCCAGACCUUUAAUGAAACCUGCCAGCUCUCCCAAACCAGUAAUUGCUUACUCACCCAAAGCACCAAGCCCGCUUCCAUCUGCCAGCGGUGUCUCCAGCCCAGGAAGUGCUUUAAGUCCGAAGGCCACAACUAAGCGAUCAGCAACACCAAUAGGUAGUCAGCCCCCACCUCCAAAGAAAGUGUGUGCACUUCCAACACCCUACAGCCCAGUUGAGAGUGAUGAUGAAUUUGGCAUGAUCAUUGACAUGCCUCAGUCUCCCAGAAGCGGUUUGCAGCAGAAACCUCAACGCUCCCCUAGGCCAGAUAGCAGGAACAGCAAUACCCAGACAGAGGGUGGAUCUACAUCGCCUAGAAGUGCUGUAGCACACUCUCCUCUAGGACAGCUUGCCCAAUCACCUUUGGGAAUAGGAAGAUCUCCUGCUUCAGUGAAGAGUAUUGGUUCAGACAGUAUCAGCAGAAGUCCUUGUAGGAUAGAUGAUGAUUUAAUGGAUGAAGCACUCACCAGUUGUAUUCAGACAGAUGAUGUUUAGAAUCUUAUCACUUCAUCGCAUGUUGCAAGUGAGGUAGUUCAUCACAAUGUUUGUAAAGUUAUGUAUGACUUUUUGAAAGAAUAAAAUAAGAAGAGCCAAAUAAUUCACAAGUAUUUAGAAUAAAAUCAAUUUUGGAACAUUUUCAUAAAGUAUCAAUCUUUUUGUAUAAACUGACCCUUGUUUCACUAGAUUUUUAUUCCAUGUUGCGAUUGCUCCAGCAAAGAUAAUGUGAGAGCAUUACACCUUCUCAUCUGAACUUUGAAACAGAGAGGUAGACAUUUUAUGGAAUUGCUUAACAGCACAAAUUUAUUUCUGAAUUGAUUUUGGCACACAUUUGGAUGGUAAUAUUUCUAUCUUUUGAAUUCAAGAUUGUAUGUGAGUUUACAAACAGUGUGACGUCUCUCACAAGUCUACAAGCAUUGUGC